AUGGCAGUCCAGAAGAGCAACCAGGAUAUUGUCAGGAUGUUGUUGAGUGCCGGAGCAAAGAUGCAUCUAGACGAGGCGCUCGAAAUCGCAUCGGCAAAGAGAGAUGAAGAGAUAGUGCAGUUGCUCAAGGACUUUGGAGCGGUUGAACAUGAUGAGGGCUUCGGCAUCGAAGAGCUCGUGGAGAAAUCGUGGUAUCAGAGUGCAAUGGACGAAGAGAUGCAAGCAGUGGCUGGCGCAAAGAUCAUCGAAGAACGUCCGGUCUGA